AAAGCCAAGGUGCCAACUUUGUAAAUAAAUAUCAGCUAAUGGUGACGGAAUGAAAGUUGUACUCACAAAGCCGCUGCCAUUGGAUGCAGAAUCAGAUGCUGAUUAUAAAGCUCCUAAUCUGCUGAACCGAAUUUUAAGUCUCUUCAAAAAUGUACGCCCAGGAUCCGAUCUCACGAGCUUCCAGCUACCGCCCCUCUUCAAUUUCCCAAAGUCGCACCUUCAAUGCUACGGCGAAUCUGUUUAUUGCAUUGGCAGCGACUUGUUAAGCCAGUGCAACCGUGCAGAGAGCUCGCUGGACAGAUUUACCUCCGUCGUAGCCUGGUGCAUAUCCACCGUCCGCCCUGUCGUGUUUGGGGUUGCCCCAUACAACCCAAUUCUUGGAGAGACUCACCAUGUUUCAUCUGGCUCUCUCAAUGUUCUACUUGAACAGGUUUCACAUCAUCCACCGGUUUCUGCUCUCCACGCAACUGAUGAAAAAGAGAACCUCGAAAUCAUAUGGUGUCAGUAUGCUGUUCCUAAAUUUUAUGGUGCUUCAGUGGAAGCAGUGGUGCGUGGGAAGAGGCAGCUGAAACUCCUCAGUAGGGCAGAAACUUAUGAAAUGAACUCACCAAAGCUUUCAAUUAGGUUUCUUCCAGUACCGGGGGCUGAUUGGGUUGGAAAUGUUAAAAUUAAAUGCCCUGAGAAUGGCCUUGAAGCUGAUUUAUGCUAUGGAGCCACAUCCUUUCUGGGGCUUAGAGGGAAUUUGAAAUCGAUUAACGGAAAGAUCUAUGAAACAUCCACAAAGAAGACUCUUUAUGAGGUUAACGGGCAAUGGGAUAGAACUGUUAAAGUGAAGGACAUCAGUAAUGGAAAAGUCACAGUUAUUUACAAUGCAAAAGAAGUUAUUUCAGGGUUGAAGACUGUUGCUGUCAAGGAUUUGGAGGGAGUAUGGGCAAGUGAAUCAACUGCAGUGUGGGGUGAACUGAGUGAGGCCAUAUUGAGCAAAGAUUGGGACAAAGCAAGGGAAGCAAAGAAAAUUGUGGAGGAAAAGCAGAGGAAGCUCUUGAGAGAAAGAGAAUCAAGGGGGGAAACUUGGGUUCCUAAGCAUUUCACUGCCAAUUCCACAAAAGAUGGCGAUUGGGACUGCUCACCAAUUCAAACAUUGGUUCCACCAGCUCCCCUUGUUGUUCCCUUUUGAUAAUUUAAUUCAUUACAAUCUUAUUCUGAAAUUUGAAACUGAAAGCAAGCAAUCCUUUUAGUAGCCGCGUAGGCACACCAAAAAUGAACAAAUUCUCGAAUGUCAU